GCAGGCAUAAAAACGAAACUGAGAAGAUGGUAGGCAGCUUUCCAUUGCUUCCGCUUCUUUUCUUACCUCCGGCUCCGUCUUGACUUGCGUUAACACCACGUUUAGAUAAAUAUAUAUAUAUGUAUGUGUGUGGAGCACCGAGCAUGCAGUUAAUUAAGCAUGCGCCAUCGAUCGAUAUGAUCUUCGAUCUAAACAUGAGUUAGAUAGAUAGAUAGAUGAUGAGGGCUAGCUCCAUUUUCCCCUUGCUCAUCUGCUCCAGCAAUAAGUGAUAUAUUCCUUUUAGCUAGGAUAUGAUCAUCAUCAUGUACUCGUCCUCCUUUAUAAUCUCCACGAUGAUCUGCUUCUUCGGCUUAUUUCAUCAUCAGCUGCUGCUGCUGCUUCUGGGGGCUCCGGUGGUCGUCAUGGCCGAACGCCACAAACACACCCCCAACUUGGUUGAACUGUCGAGCAGAAAGGAAUUGGUUGAGAUGGCUGGGUAUGGAGAGGAUAAGCUCUCCUCCGUCCUCAUAUCCGGGACGCUUCUUUGUUCCCCCCAUAAACCUCCAACCGAUCCGCUUCCCGUCGCUGGUGCUUUGGUGGGUGUCUCAUGCCACACCCACACCCGCAGUCACAGUAGUGUUGAGAAAUCAAAUUGGGCAAGCGGCAUUACAGAUGAACUAGGAGACUUCCUCAUCGAUCUUCCAUCCCAUCUUCAUGCCAUCCCCAAUUUACACCACAAAUGCAUGCUUCGAGUUCUACGGUUACCACGCAACUCACUCUGCCGCCCAACUUUUGCUGCCAGGAAAACUGCGCUAAAAUUGUCGUCUUUUGGGAACGGCAUUCGUACUUACACCGCUCAAACUCCGAGUUUAUAUUUGACACCCAAAGCUGCCUCACGACGCAACAAAUGCACGCACCAACUUGGAAGACGGGCGGACAGUGGUUGUCCCGUCCAAUCCUACCAACACUAGACAAGACUGGACAUUUGAAGUUGAUGGCCGGCCGGUUGUCAUACUGCCUUGCUUUGUUGC